AUGGAUGGUAAUCAGCCAUCAGUGAAGCAACAACAACCGCAAAUUCAACCACAGAAUGAAUAUCAACAAACCUCGCAACAGAAUAUUCAUCUCCAACAACAUCAAAACUAUCAACCUUCAUCGAAUGAAAAUCCAUCAAGAAUUGCUGCAACUCCAAGAAUGCUUAGAAGUUUAAGUGGUGUUAAAUCAAAAUCUGAAUUGAAUCAAUAUGAUCAAUCUCAACCAUCAGAAAGUAAUAAUAAUAACAAUAGUAUUAACAGUGGAAUAAGAAAACCGUCUGACUCUCAAUUAUUACCUCCAUUAUCAAUACCUUCACCUGCAUCAACUCCACUUGGUGUUUCAUCACAAGAUUCAACUGAUUAUAAAACUAAUACACAUAAUAACUAUGAUACAAGACAAUUACCAAAAGUGAGUGAUUAUUCACCAGGACUGAGUAGAACUAUUAAGAACGUACAAAAUCAACAAUUUAUUCAACAACAGAGUUAUUCAAAUCAUACAUCACAGAAUGAUCAAUUCACACAUUUACAAAGACAACAGCAUCAACAAUCGCAACAACAACCUCAAGCAUUAUCAAAUUCUCAAUCCAGACAACAACCAAAUUGGUCAGCUCAGCCUCAAACUGCAUCUUCUCAACCACAUAAUCAGCAUCAGCAUCAGCAUCAUCAUCAACAUCAACAUCUGCAACCUCAGCAGCAAGCAUAUCAACCACCACCUCCGCAAGCACAACCACAACCACAACCACAACAGCAACAACCACAUCAGCAACAACCACAACGAUCACAACAACCACAGCAAUCGCAACAAUCACAACAAACCCAACAACCGCAGCAGCAACAACAAUUUCAUAGAAAAUCCAUUGGAGAUUGGGAUUUUGUCAAAACUAUUGGAGCGGGUUCAAUGGGUAAAGUCAAACUAGCUCAACAUAACUCAACAAAAGAAAUAUGUGCUGUCAAAAUAAUUCCAAGAGCUGCAAAAUUAUAUCAAAGAGCUCAUGCUAAUGACCCACCGCCACAAACUUCUCAAGAAGCAUCUCAAAGACAUAAGGAAUUUGAAAAAGAAUUAGCUAGGGAUAAAAGAACAAUACGUGAAGGUGCACUUGGUAGAUUAUUAUUCCAUCCAUUUAUAUGUCGAUUAUAUGAAAUGGUACCAAUGACAAAUCAUUACUAUAUGUUAUUUGAAUAUAUCGAAGGAGGUCAAAUGUUGGAUUACAUUGUUGCACAUGGAUCAUUGAAAGAAAGACAUGCAAGAAAGUUUGCUAGAGGUAUAGCAUCAGCAUUAGACUAUUGUCAUAGAAACAAUGUAGUUCAUAGAGAUUUGAAAAUUGAAAAUAUCAUGAUCAAUGAAAAAGGGGAUGUUAAAAUCAUCGAUUUUGGAUUAUCAAAUUUAUAUUCUCCAAAAAGUCUUUUAAAAACAUAUUGUGGAUCACUUUAUUUUGCAGCUCCUGAAUUAUUAAGUGCAAAACCUUAUUUGGGACCAGAAGUUGAUAUAUGGUCUUUUGGAGUUGUAUUAUAUGUUUUAGUUUGUGGUAAAGUUCCAUUUGAUGAUCAAUCUGUUUCAGUAUUACAUGAAAAAAUUAAAAAAGGUAAUGUUGAAUAUCCAAAUUUUCUUUCAAGAGAAUGUAUAUCUUUACUUUCGAGAAUGUUGGUUGUUGAUCCAACGAAAAGAGCAUCUCUUUAUGAAAUUUUGACACAUCCAUGGUUGAAUAAAGGAUAUGAUCAUAGAAUUUCAAAUUAUUUACCUAAAAGAGAACCUUUACAUUUACCAUUAGAUCCUGAAAUCAUUAGACAAAUUUCAACAUUUGAUUUGGGAUCUGUACAAACAAUAACUGAUGAAUUGACGAAUUUAUUGACAAGUGUAGAAUAUCAAAUGUGUUGUGAAAAUUGGUAUAAUAUGGCAAGACAAGGUAAAGAAUAUGCUUCAGCUCCUAAUGCUCAUCUUUUACCUGAUCCAACUGGUGGUUUCCAUCCUUUAAUUUCAAUCUACUUUUUAGUUCUUGAGAUGAGAAAGAGAAAGAAAGCUAAAGAAGAUGCAAUUAGAGCUCAAGCAGCUCAACAAGAACAAUUGAAACAACAACAAUUACAGCAACAAGCUCAAGCUAUGUUACCAAGUCCAAGAGAAGAUACAACAUCAUUAGAGCAAGAUCUUACAAAACAACCCUUAUCUUCUACACAACCAUUCCAACCUCAACUUCCAUUACAAUCUCAACCUCAAUCUCAAACUCAACAAACUCCAGUUCAACCAAAUUCUGGUACAGCUACUCAAGUAGAAAUAUUGGGACAAUAUUCAUCAAAAGAUGCUACGACUCCACAACCACGUAUAAUUGAGACAUUCGCUGAAUCUCCUUCCAAGACAUUAGAUCCCAAACAAACACCUGUUUUAUCAAUACCAGAACAAGCUCAUACAACUAUGAAUUCCCCAUCUAUUAAAAACAAUUCAAAUAACAAUGUUGAUCCAUUGGCAAUACCAGAACAACAACCAAAAAGUCCAAGAAGUACAACUCCAGACACUUUGGAUCCUAAUAGAAAUUCACAACAACCGGUUGGAUUCAAUAAUAUAUUAAGAAAAUUAUCAACCAAAAAAUCAAAGGGCACUUCAUCACCAAAGGGAAGUGAUAGAGAUUCUUCAAGUAUUAAAAUUCUGCCACAAAGUUCUACUCAUUCAAAAAUUGAUCCAAUGGUUCGUCGUGGUAUUAGUAUGAAAGUAACUGCUAAAGAAAAAGAAUCAAGUUCAAGAUUAUCACCAACAAAAGAUAUUAUUAAAAAAGAAAAAAAAUCAUCUUUAUCACAUUCUCGUACUCCAUCUUCUUCAAAACCCCAUGGAUUUAUACCUGUUGAAUAUUUACCACCAUUACCAAAUUAUGAUCCAUCAACAAAUACUUUAAUACAAGAUUCAAAUCCUGCUGGACCACCACCACAAAGACAACAAACUUUAACGGUACCUUCAAGAAAAUUACAUCCAACAGCUCGUGCAAAAUCUGUUGGAGGACAAAUUAGAAAAGAUGCUUAUGGUAGAGCUAGAAGUGCAUCAACCAAUAGAAAUGAUACAAGUAAUAGUCCUCAAGGAAGUGGAUCAAUUGGUGACCAAAAUGAUGGUACUUUAGUAUUUUUUGAUGAUGUUAAAUUAGAUGAUAUGGAUGUUCAAGAAGUUCCUCAAUUAAGUGAAGAUGAAAUAAUGAGACAAUAUCAUGAAGCUAAACCAGGUACAAUGCCUUCAAUUGAACAUUGUAAAACAUUAUUUCUUAAAGGAUUUUUUAGUGUACAAACUACUUCAACAAAACCAUUACCAGUUAUUAGAUAUAAUAUUAUUAAUGUAUUAAGUAAAUUAGGUGUUAGAUUUCAUGAAGUUAAAGGUGGAUUCAUAUGUAUUCAUACACCUUCAGUACAACAAGCUUCACCAAAUCAUCCAGAUGCUGAAAUAGAAGAAUUAGAAGAUCAUGAUGAUGAAGGGGAUGAAGAAGAUGAAGAUGAAGAUGAUGAAGCCGAUCAAAUUUUAAAUGCAUAUGCUAAUGAAGAUGAAGAAAAUCAAUUAUAUGGUGAUGCAUUUAAAUCUAAAUCAUCUACAUUGAAAUCAUUAUCAUUUGAAGAUAAACCUGAAAGUAUACCUGAUGGAGCAAAAACUCCAAGUAGACAACCUUCAUUACAUAUUCAAACUCAAACUACUAAUCAUGGUCUUAGUGGAGGUCCAUUAUCACCAACUAAAUAUCAUAGAUCAUCUAAUUCAAUAGGUGGAGGUCAUAGAAGAAAAGUAUCAUUUGGUAAUGCAAUUUUAGGAUCUUAUAGAAAGAAAAAUGGAUCUCAAGUAAUGAUGCCACCAAAUACUCCAGCAACUGUUAAAACAGUUAAAGGAAUAUAUGAUGAAGAUUAUUUACCAAAUGAACAAAAUAAUCAUAACAAUAACAAUAAUAAUAAUGGUAAUGGAAUAGAUGAUGCAUUUGAAAUUGAUAAUUCAGCAGAAUCAUUUAAUAAUUAUGGAGGAGGAAGUGAUAUGUUAAUAUCAUCAAAAAUUGAACAUAAAAUUCAUCAUAAUCGUUCAACAAGUACAUCAAGUAAUUCAAAUAAGAAUCAUCCAUCAAGUAAAAGUCCUUUAAAAUUUGAAAUUCAUAUUGUUAAAGUACCAUUAUUAGGAUUUUAUGGAGUUCAAUUUAAAAAAUUAUCUGGUAAUACUUGGAAUUAUAAGACAUUAGCUGGUCAAAUUUUAAAUGAAAUGAAUUUAUAA